AUCCCGAUCGAAGAGGACCAAAAAGGCCCAAACCCACUCCCAUCCCCUCGUCACGCGUCUCCCGGACCCUUCCUCGUCUCUCUCUCUCUCAACACCCCCACCCAGCCGACCAAAUCGCCGCACGAGGGCGCGCCAUGGAGCCGGCGGUGGAGAGGAAGGUGCCCGAGCAGGAGGAGCAGCUGCAGCCGUCGCACGCCCGGGCCGAGGACGCGCCGCCCGCCGCCGUCGAGGAGGAGGACGAGGCGGAGGCGGAGGAAAGCGAGCGCCGCAACCGCGAGCUCAAGGCCGGCCUCCAUCCCCUCAGGCGCAAGCUCGUGCUCUGGUACACGCGCCGGACGCCCGGGACGAGGUCGCAGUCGUACGAGGACAACAUCAAGAAGAUCGUCGAUUUCAGCACUGUCGAGUCGUUCUGGGUUUGCUACUGCCACCUCGCACGCCCGUCUUCCCUCCCGAGCCCCACGGACCUGCAUCUUUUCAAAGAGGGUGUCCGUCCACUCUGGGAGGAUCCUGCAAAUCGGAAUGGUGGCAAGUGGAUUAUACGGUUCAAGAAGGCUGUUUCUGGGCGUUUCUGGGAGGAUUUGGUGCUGGUUCUAGUGGGUGAUCAACUUGAUUAUAGUGAUGAUGUUUGUGGCAUCGUGCUAAGUUGUCGUUUCAAUGAAGACAUCCUGAGCGUCUGGAAUCGGAAUGCAUCAGACCACCAGGCUGUGAUGACAUUAAGAGACUCGAUUAAGAGGCACUUGAAGCUGCCGCACACCUAUCUGAUGGAGUACAAGCCACAUGACGCCUCGCUGCGAGACAACUCGUCCUACAGGAACACAUGGCUGAGAGGUUAAGCUUUAUGUCGUCAAAACUAGUCAUGGCCCUUGUUCCGAACUAAAUCCUUGUGGAUUUCCAGUUCUGACGUUUCAACCCAGCCAUGAUGUACGGUUACUCUUUGUCAUGCUACUAUGUACUCUCCAAAAUUUCAAAUGCUGAAGUAUCGACUUUCAUGA